AUGGCCAUUAAUGAGCCUCAGAACGUCUUUAUCCGUGUCGAAGGAAGUACCGACACCAUCUUCAACGGCCAAGUACAGUCUCAGGGGCACAAGGUGACGACAAAAUCAGGACAGACGCAUAAUUGUGACGGCACAAAUUGUGGCCGGAACCCUGAACCGGGCAAUACGCCGACGGCUAGCCUGGAUACCGCAUCAAAAGGCAAAUUCACAUUUGAUGGAAAAUGGUACGACAGUCUGGGUGAUUUUUACAUCAACGAAAUUAAAGGCGAAAUUGCAACCGACGAGGACGCGUGGCAUAUAUUUGUCAAUGGACAGUAUUUGCUGGUUGGAGGAGGCCAGUACCAGACAAAGGCGAACGAUCACAUUCUCUGGGCCUAUGCCAAGUCCCAGCCCAAGCCCUUGUCAUUGAAGCUUGACGUACUCUCGGAUGCUCGAGCUGAACAUGAGACACUAUUCUCUGUGAGGAAUUGGGAGACGCAGGAUCCCGUGGACUCGGCGACUGUAGCUUGGGUCGCAGAUGGGGUUACAGAGGAGGUCACGACGGACAAGUAUGGACUCGCCAGGGUGAUUUUUAAAAAGGGGGGCAAGAGUACUGUGAGGGCAAAGAAGGCUGAAUGUAUCAGAUCAGACACUCUUACUGUGAAUGUUGCAGGGAAAUAA